AUGUGUUUCACGUUUUCUAGAUUUUGGUUUUCUGCAUUUAUUUAUUAUUUACUCCUAUCUUUCUCAAAAUGUAAUAUUGAAACUUGUACAAGUGAAUCAAUAUGCUCCAAAGGAAAUAAAAACAAAUAUUCUAAAGAAAUAAAUGAGUGGACUUCAUAUAUUACAAAUGAAAUGAAAUUAGCAACCACCCAAUAUAAACCUUGCUCUUCUGAUAACUGUUCUUGCCAUGCUCAAGUAAUAAUAAAUGAUUUAGCACCUUUUCAGUCUGGUAUAAAUAAAGAUAUGGUAGAAAAGGCCAUUAAUAAGGGAACUAAGUACCAGAUUAUAGAUGGGAAGUUGUAUAGGCAGAAAGAGUGCCAUUUUCCUGCUAGAUGUGCUGGGGUUGAGCAUUAUCUAAAAUUAUUGUCACCAAAGUUACCAAAUAUGGAGUUAUCUAUAAAUACAAGAGACUGGCCUCAAGUCAAUCGGCUGUGGGGGCAUAAGAAUAUCCCAGUAUUUUCUUUCAGCAAAACAAAGGACUAUGAUGAUAUAAUGUAUCCUGCCUGGAGCUUUUGGGAAGGUGGACCCGCCAUAUCUUUAUACCCCACUGGUAUUGGACGCUGGGACCAACAUAGGAUAUCUAUAACCAAAGCUGCCGACAAGGUUCCAUGGGAAAAGAAGAAGACACAAGCCUUCUUUAGAGGUUCUAGAACGAGCGAAGAAAGAGACGCCUUAAUAUUAUUAUCUAGAUCUCAUCCAGCUCUGGUAGAUGCCAAAUAUACGAAAAACCAAGCCUGGAAAUCUGAUGCUGAUACACUAUACGCCGAACCAGCGAAAGAAGUCUCAUUUGAAGAUCAUUGCAAAUACAAAUACCUAUUUAAUUAUAGAGGAGUCGCAGCGAGUUUUAGAUUCAAACAUUUAUUUCUAUGCAAAUCGUUAAUAUUUCACGUUGGUAACGAUUGGCUGGAAUUUUUCUAUCCAUCGCUAAAGCCGUGGAUCCAUUAUGUACCAAUAAACCCUAAGGCUACACAAGAGGAGAUUCUUCAUUAUGUAAAUUAUUUUAGAGAUAAUGACGAUUUAGCACAGAGUAUAGCAAAUCAAGGUUUUCAACAGAUUUGGGAUAAUCUGAGGGACAAAGAUGUGAAGUGUUACUGGAGGAAGCUGUUGAAAGAAUAUGCGAAACUUGUUAAAUAUGAUGUAGUUAAAAGCGGUGAUGUUAUAAGAGUGUAG